AUGAUUGCCAACACAGCUAGUCCCAGUACCCCCGUCUCCUAUCUCCUCCACCUCCACUUGGACCUCGUGGCACGCGCCGUCGACCACAAUCCAGACAAAGGGCACAAGACUCCCGCCGAGUUCGCAAGAGAAGGUCGAUACAACUAUGUGCCGUCAUUCGCCCCGGCCGUGGUCUUCUGUGUCAUCUAUGCCAUCGCAAUGACCAUCAACCUGGGCCAAUUCAUUCGACAUCGUGCCUGGUUUUGGUGGGUCAUGAACUUUGCAAUUGCCCUCGAAUUGGUCGGAUACAUCGCUCGUGCCGUCUCGGUCAAACACCUCGCCAGCCGCGACGUCUUCAUCGUGCAACUGGUCCUGAUCCUCGUGGCACCUGCCGUCAUGGCCGCCGCUUGCUACAUGUCGUUCGGCCGAGUGGUGGUGUGGGUGAUCCCUCGCGAAUACCAAAGCGCCCGCCAUCUGUGGGUGCCGGCACGCCGGGUGACUCCCAUCUUUGCCGGCUGUGACGUGCUCAGCUUCUUCGUCCAGGUCGUCGGCGGCUCGAUGAUCGCGUCGGGGAACACACCGGCCAAGAUCAACAGGGGGAGGAACGUAGUUUUGACCGGGCUUGCGCUCCAGCUCACCACCUUUGGCUUCUUUGUCGUCGCGGCGCUGCGGCUGCUGGUUUUGUUGAGAACGCGGCUGCGCACCAUCCCCCUGCCGCAAGAACGGAACUGGCCAUUGUUCCUGGUCAUGGUCAACGUCGCCAACGUCUUGAUCCUGAUCCGCACGACUUUGCGCCUGGUCGAGUACGCAAUGGGCAACUCCAACUAUCUCCUGAACCACGAGUGGUACUUCUAUGUGUUCGACUCCGUCUUGAUGUUCUUCGUCGUCCUGGUCUUCAUCGUCUUCCACCCCGGCCAUUACCUGCCUUACCUGGGCUUCAAGAGAAAGGGGUUGCGCUUUUCCGACAAUGCCGACAAAGGCCUGUUCGCCUCACUGGCCAGGGGCACCAAGAUUCCACCGGGCAUGGUCCAGAUGGAUGCCCGAGACGGUUAG